AUUUUGGAACUUAUUGGGGAGGGGGCUAUAGCCCCUCAGCUGAUUUGCUGUCGAGAAGAGGAGAGUCAGAAACGAGGCUGUCGCCAAGGCUUUCACCACGUGUUAGGGCCUAGCCGCUCAACAACAGUUGAUAUCUAUAUCGAAUAUUUGAAGUUGUGAUGCACCCAUCCAACGAUCAACAGAUUGAGAUGACUUGGACUAGAUCAAUGACAGAAGCAUUUGGUCAGCUUUCCAUUGAUGAGACUUUUUUUGAUGAAAAAGAUAUUUUGGACAACUUGACAAGGAAGUUAACUGCAUAUGUAGAAAACGCAGAGGAAGAUGAUGAAUCUAAGCUAAGAUGGGAAAUUGUGCAAAAUUUUGGCAUAACUUGUUUAGAAGUGUUCCUGAUGGAAAAUUGGACUGGUCCCUGCAUAAAGAAAAAUGAAAUUCCAAAGGAACUAAAGCCAGUCUUUGAAGAGAAAUUAAAUCAGUUGGCAUUUGAAGAUUUACAGCACAAGGAAGAGGGCAUUCAUGGUCUCUGCCGAAACGUCUUCUUGUUUUGGAUUGCUUUUAAAAUACUGGUGGAAAUAUCGAGUAUCGUAUCGUAUAAGUACUCUCCAAUAUGGUCUUUGAGAUGUUUAGCCACGUAUCAAGAUAUCGUAGAAGAGAAGUGCCAGUCAAUCCAUGAUAAGUUCCUGGUCUUUCUAGAAAAUGUUCAAGAGAAUAUUCCAGAACUUGACAGUGAGAUACAAGUACAAUUCCAUCUUGAAUGUGCCCAUUUACACUUGAAGUAUUACGGAUACAACAAUGCAACGGCUCAUCUAGAGAAGGCACGCGAAAUUCUUGGAAUCGAGGUAUCGAUGACAGGUGCUCCUGGAAAACGAACGAGAUUUCAGGAAAAAGAAUUAGCUCAACUUCGUCUCAAGUUAAAGGUUUCCGAUGAGAGAUGCCCCGUCAAUCCGGAUAGAAAUACAAAAACAGAAGCAAAUGUACCAAAGGAUCUGGUGUUAGAAGACGAAACCCUCCUUCCGAACAUAAAGUAUUCUGACGAGGAUCCAACUCCAUGGUUAAAUUCUUUAGAGCAAGCAUACAUUUUGGGCCUCUGUGCCGUAUUACAGAAAACCCGACCAAAAGACAAUAUUCUCACAGAGGAGCUACAAGCCUAUAUUCAGGCUGUGAUUAAGGACCCACAAGCAUGGGCAGUUCAAAGCAAGGCACUGUUUAUUCGCACGCUGCUAGAGUGCCAGAAAUCGAGAACGGUAGAAAGAUCUAUGAUGCAAAUGGAGAGCCUCGUUGAAGAAUAUCAGAGCUCAGCAACGCAGGCCAACGAAAGACUGUACUUGCUUCAUGCAGUUGAUGUGCCUCCUAUUUGGACGUAUAAGGCGAAUUUAGCUCGUAUUCUGGUCAGCCUUGGUUGUGUGAAAGCUGCGUUGGACAUUUUUGAAGCAAUACAAGCCUGGGACGAUUUAAUUGCUUGUUAUCAAAAGCUUGGCAGGCUUGAGAAGGCUGAGCAAAUCAUCCGAUCAGAACUACAGAAGAAAGAGACUUCAACACUUUGGUGCCUGCUUGGUGACGUCACAAAGGACACCGAAUACUAUGAAAAGGCAUGGGAAUUUUCAAAGCAUCGGAGUGCAAGAGCGCAAAGGUCAUUGGGAUACAUACUCUUAAGAUCUGGGAAGUUACAAGAAUGUAUUCCACACUUUUCAAAGUCGUUAGAAGUUAGCCCACUGCAGCCUCAAGUAUGGUUUUCGCUCGGUUGUGCUGCCAUGGCAACAAAUCAUUUUGAUAUUGCCCAGAAUUCAUUUCAACAAUCUGUAACUAUCGAACCGGAUAAUCACGAGGCGUGGAACAAUCUAGCAAAUGUUUUUGUGCGAACCAAACAAAAACAUAGAGCUUUUAAAGCCCUAAAAGAAGCUUUAAAAGCAGAUUACAGCAGUUGGCAAAUAUGGGAGAAUUUUCUUUUGGUUUCUGUCGAUAUUGGUCAAUUCAAAGAGACAAUAAGAUGUUUUCAUAAUUUGCUGGACCUUAAAAGGAAAGAAAUUGAUACUGAGGUUCUAGGAAUUUUAGUUGGUGCAGUUACGUCGGAUAUCAAAGAUGCCAACGGCGAACCAGCUUCUUCUUUAACUGGUAAAUUGAAGGAACUUUUUGGAAGAAUCACUUCUGAGAUCACAAAUAAUGCCAAUGUGUGGGCACUUUAUGGUGAUUUAAGCAGUGCGGGAGACAGUUCAGACGAUAGGGAAAAGGUUUUGAGUUUUUAUUUGAAAGCAAACAGAUGUAUUGUGCAAAAUGCCACGUGGGAGAAGGAUGCUUCGAAAAUUGAGGCCGUGAUUGAAAUCAGUAACAAGCUUAUUAAUGCUACGUUUAAAACUGUAAAGCAUGAGAAAGGAGAGGCCAGAGACGUGCAAAUAAUUUCAUCGACUAAAAUGGCGGUCGGAAACUUUCUUAAAAGAUAUGCCAUUGUAUACCCAGAUGAAACUUUGCAAGAAACAAAUGAAAAACUAAAUGACCAACUAAAGGAUUUGAAAGAGAAAUAUGAUCGAAUUUGCAGUUUAUUAGCCUAAGGAUUAGUAAGAUUAUAUUUUUUGAAUUUCAAUUUUCAUACCAUAUAUAUGUACAUCUAUAUUCUGUGGAGAAAUCUGCUGAUAUUCAGUAUUUGAUUCGAUAUCCAGCACUCAUGUAUGUAUUCCCACAUUAGGACUUUAAUGGAAAAGUUCAGCAAUAAUAGGAACUCAAUGGAUGUACAAAGACGAACACCUGCUCGUUUAAUUGCUAGAAUUGAAGAUCC